CUUGCCACGUGUUUCUCUUGGUGCGUGAGAAUCUGCAGCGAUGAAGUUGAACAAGAGCGUGUCUUCUUCGCGGAGAAAGCAGCGAAAGCGCCACUUCAGUGCUCCCUCGAGCGUCCGGAGAGUGUUGAUGAGCGCUCCGCUCUCGAAGGAGCUGAGAGCCAAGCACAACGUCCGCUCCAUGCCCGUUAGAAAGGACGACGAAGUGUUGGUGACUAGGGGACACUACAAGGGCCAACCUGCGGCUAAAGUCACCGCUGUGUACAGAAAGAAGUGGGUGAUUCAUAUCGACAGAUUGCAGAGAGAAAAAGCCAACGGAGCCUCUGUGCCAGUUGGAAUCAACACUAGCAAGGUGCCUCCUCGUACAGGCCGUAUGCUUGUUUUACAAUUACCUUUUUAUUUUUUGACUAAGGUUGAAAUAACAAAGUUGAAGUUGGACAAAGAUCGGCGCAAGAUACUGGAGCGAAAGGCACGGCCCAAGCUGUUGGAAAAGGAGAAGGGAAUGGGAAAACACAAAGAGAAAGAUGUGCCCCAAGCAAUGGAGUCCUGAGAUGGACUUCGCAUAGUGUUAUGGUGUAUUUCUGUGUCCUCUGUAAAAAAAAUGACAGUUGCACUCUUUAGCGCCAUCGUAAUUACAUAAGCGCGCGGCAGGCGCACUCUCUCUCGGGAAAUGACCACACCUCCGCAUCCGCCGCGCAACACCGAACUCGGAUGUUGAGGUUUGUGACGGUGUUUCUCAGUUGCCAGUUCAAUCUUUACACUUGUGAGGCGGCAAAGACGGUGAAAGAACCAUGAGCAGGGCGAAAGCAGCAGGCAAGAAGCACCCGAAGAGGCGCGGCCAGAGGGCCACCUCUAACAUCUUCGCCAUGUUCGACCAGGCCCAGAUCCAGGAGUUCAAGGAGGCGUUCAACAUGAUAGACCAGAACAGAGAUGGUUUCAUCGACAAUGAGGACCUGAAGGACAUGCUUGCUUCGUUGGGCCAGGAACCCAACGAUACUGUGGUGGAUGGGAUGAUGUCGGAGGCCCCAGGCCCUCUCAACUUCACCAUGUUCCUUACUCUCUUCGGAGAAAAGCUAACGGGCACUGACCCCGAGGAUGUGAUCAGAAAUGCGUUUGCCUGCUUCGACGAGGAAGGAACGGGAAAGAUUCACGAAGAUCGUCUACGUGAGUUGUUGACCACCAUGGGUGACCGGUUUACUGAUGCCGAGGUGGACCAGAUGCUGCGUGGUGCUCCAGUGGACAGUGCUGGCAACUUUGACUAUGUGGCCUUCACGCGAAUCCUCAAACAUGGCACCAAGGACGAGUAGCAAAAAUGACUCCCCCAUACUCUCCUACCAAGAUAUAAUCAUUAGAGUAUCUUUUUGAGAAUUAUUUAGUUAUGUGUAGAGAGCACCUUUUGUUCAUCUGAAUUUGGAGUCAGUUUAAGUGUUGUACUGUGAUCAUUUCCAAUGUGAUUUCAGUCGCUGUGUAUAUAGUGUAACACAGCAAGACAAGGCAACUCCCAAUAAGUCCCCACCUAGUGUUUUCUUGUGACACAAAACCACAAUGACAUACAACAGCACGCAUUGCUAUAAAACAGAACAGUCACAAGAGAUAUGUUGGGAGGAGACGGGUGAGUGAGGAUCGCCAUAAUAAGACACACAGUCGAGGCUUGCUGCUAGAGGUCUGGAGAGA